UUAAAAAUGACAAAUUGGUGUUGUUUCAAGUAUAACUUAAGUUUUUUUAACACUACCAUUCCCAUGCUUUUUCAAAUGAAGUUUUCUGACAGUUCUACUGUUAUGGUUAACAAUUGGAGCUUAUUUUUACCGGAAGUGACGCAAAAUAGAAGUGUUUUACCCAUUUUCAGGAGGCGGUCGAAAAUAGGUUGUGGUCGAAAAUAGGUUGUUCCGGGAUAAUUGAUGGGCCAUAACUGCCAUUACCAUUCUCAAGUGCUGAGCGUCCCCCAGGGUAAUGUGAGCUUGUAAGCCAUGCGGGCGAUACUUCACCUGCUGUUGUUGGAGAUCGUGCAGCCGAGCCUGCUGCUAGUGGCAAGCUUUGUACCCACGGAUGAGCAGCGCCUGUUGGACAAAAUUCUGGCUGGCUACAACCCCGCCUCCAGGCCCGUCUACAACGCCUCUCAUCAAGUCACAGUCAAGUUCGGCAUCACCCUUGCACAAAUACAGGAUAUGGACGAGGUCAAUCAAGUGCUGACAAUCAACGUCUGGCUGGAACAGGAAUGGGUUGACGAGCGGCUAGUGUGGAACCCGGCCGACUAUAAUGGCCUCCAAACACUGCGCAUGCCUUGUGAGAAACUGUGGCUUCCGGACAUCGUCCUCUAUAACAAUGCGGACGACUUCACGACCGGUUAUAUGCAGUCAAAAGCAAUGGUUCACCACUCGGGCGUCGUCUUCUGGCCACCACCCGCCAAAUUCCGCUCAUCUUGCAAGAUCGACAUCACAUACUUUCCUUUCGAUGACCAGCUUUGUAAGAUGAAGUUCGGCUCAUGGACCUAUGAUGGCUUUCAAGUGGACGUUGUGAACCGAUCGGCGGAGGUGGACCUGUCAAACUAUGUGUAUAGCGGAGAGUGGGAGCUGCUCAACAUCAAAGUCGUCCGCAACACCGUCACGUACGCCUGCUGCACGGAGUUCUUCCCAGACGUUACGUUCACCAUAAUAAUGCGACGCCGCACACUCUACUACCUGUUUAACAUUAUCUUCCCGUGCCUAUGGCUCACCAUCCUGAGUCUGCUUGGUUUCUGGCUGCCUCCGGACAGCGGCGAGAAGAUCACCCUCGGUAUUACCGUCCUCCUGGCGUUCUCCGUCUUCAUGCUGCUCAUAGCGGAAAACAUGCCCGCGACAUCCGAGUUCGUCCCGCUCAUAGGAAUCUAUCUGACUGUGACGAUGGGUAUGACGUCACUCUCGAUCAUACUAACGGUGUUCGUGCUGCAGCUACAUCACGUGGGUCCCCACCAGAAAGGCGUGCCACGUUGGCUCCAGGUCCUCUCCUACGACAUCCUGUCCAGCAUGCUCUGUAUGCGGCCGCGCCUGAACCCCUUCAUAUACCGUACCUCACACCAACACGACCACACCUUCCAGUAUACCGAACCAGUAGAACUGGUUUCACAACCUUACAGAACAAACGGUGUCAUAACUCACAAAACUGCCAACCGCGCGCAAACUGUGCCUAUCAACCAAAAUCAUGUGACGUCACCAGUGACGCAAAAUGUUUUGCACAAUAAUCAAUUUGAAAAUCAUUUUAAUGCCACCAUGGUUGCUCCUGAUGGUGAGGGAACACAGAAUCGUAUUACUUCCUCCUUGAAGAUCCUGAUGGAAAAACAGGAUAUAGAGGAGCGGCACCAGGACAUCGUGAACGAGUGGCGCUUUGUGGCCUUGAUCAUGGACAGGGUCCUCUUCUGGCUGUUUUUGUUUGCCGCAGUCAUAUCGUCAAUUGUAAUUCUAAUAAUUAUGCCAAUGCGGAAACCUGCAAUAGAAUAAAUCUCCAUGAGUGUGUGUGCGUGCGUGCGUGCGUGCGUGCGUGCGUGUGAGAGUUUAUGCAUGUAUAUAAGACGAAUAAGAACAGUUAAUGUCAUAUUUCAUAGUACACGUAGUAGUGACGUGGGACUAUCGAAGAGCCACCGUGUUGCUUCAAAGGUCGAUUGGGACAGGAAACUCCACGCAGGGGUGUUGUACAGUAGGCACAUCCAUCAACAAUAUUUCAUAAUGUUAGUCAAAUCCACAUGACCGCAUUCAUUAUUGCUCUUUAUCAUAUAACUUUUAGUAAUGUAAUACUGAGAUAGUAUUAAAAAGUGUUUAAAAAAGUGAAUACUAGCAGCUGAAAUACAGCAAUUUUCUUAUGUUAUGACUGGAUCUUCACCGUUCGCCCCCGGAGGUAACGGUGGAGGACAUUUGCGAGACAAAUCAACCGUUGCUCUCAAUUUGAACUAUACAUUUUUGGUGUGAUGACUGUUUUGUUAUUGUGUUGCAAUCCUUAAUAAUUGUGUUAAAUUUACGAUAAACAUUAGGUUUUUAGAUAAGAAUAUUUUCAACUAAAGCGAUUGCAUUUGUCCUUGGUCGUUGACGGAUUAAACGCACAUUUUCUUUUUGGUGUUUAAGUCCUUUGCUUAAUUUCUUAUACAUUGUACCUCAUUACAAUAUUGUUGUCUUUAAAGAAAAAGAUAAAGCUUAAGUCACACUAGAGUUACAACAAAUCGCCGACAUCCAUUCAUUGGUCUCCUGUUGGUGGCAAACGGAAGCACUUUGGUCAGCAUGAGGAAAACGCUGCUCUGCAUAUUGGUUUUUGAAGCUACUGGGCGUUAAUUUGUUGUCCAGUGGUUGGUGACGGAAGUCUUUAAUCGGUUGUCCUGGUAUAGGUUAUAAUUCUUUGAUGCGACCAGUGACCAGUGCAGCAACGUCUACCUUUACACGACUAAGAGUUGCCAAACACUUACAACAUUAACAAACAGCCAGAAAUUGUCGGGCGUGUGUGUAGUAUAACAUCGGAACACACUUUGAUUCACUUUUUUAUUUUAUUUCGAUUUAACUUUUUCAUACUCGAUAUUGACUAAAACAAUGUAUGCAUUUUCAGUACAUGUAAUAUAUGCUAUGACAGAAUGGCGUUGCCGUUCGCUUGUUUCAAUUGCAGGUACUAACAUCUCAGUCUUAAUAUACUCGUAUAUUUUUCCAAUAAUGUUUGUUUGAGUCUAUGAAAGAUAUAAUUAGAAUGUGUAUAAUGUAUAAAUAUAUAUGAUUUUAUGCAUUUUAUCUUGUCAUGGU